AUGAUCCAUGCGAUGCGCCUUCUUUGGGCUUUGAUCCUGGUCGCGAAGGGUGCCCCAGACUGCCACAACCCGCUUUUUCUGGUACAUUGGCCUGGCAGAGCUUGCGAGCGAAUGUGCCCAAGCAAGCUGAAUGAUGAACCAGCGGCUGCCACAAACCUAACACUGUGCAAGCAUUGGAAUGGGCUUUCUAGCUGCUGCAACACUGGAUUGGAGGGAGCUCAGCUUUGGGCGCAUCAGCAGUGGAAGAACCGCUUGGGCUGGUUUGUCACCAGCUUGAGAGAUUAUGCGGCUGGGAUGGCCAUGCGGCGCCUCACAAGGGUGUAUGACUAUGCAGAUACUGAGAUGAGGCAGCUUUUCGAUCGAGCGGCAGAUGCGGUGGCGGUGUCAACAGAAAAGUUUGCUCCCUGCCUUCUAGCCCUGUUGCAGUAUGUGGCGGGAAUGAUUUGCUUCAUGUGCGACCCUCAAUGGGACACCUACCUAUAUGCCUCCGAUGAUCAUGCAGCUGUGCAAGGACACAACAAGCACUAUGCGGAAGGUGUCGACUACACUUCUAUCGCCAUCGGGGUCUCCGCAUGUACAUCACUUUGGGCUGGUUGUGAAGCAUUCUCCAAGUAUGCCAUGAUUGCUUGGGAGAGAGUGCUGCAGUGUCCUUUGGCCAAGCAAAUUGAGCAGCCCUUGCCUGACCUGGAGCCCUUUCAAAGCAAGUCUGCCUUGUGUGAGUGGGCGCGGAGCAGCGUCGCACUUCAUCCCAUGCUGGAGUCUCGACAUGUGAAUCCACAGCCUUCCUUGCCUCAGCUGCCCUGGGAUGCCAGACAGGCCCAGACCACCUCUUCCACGACAGCGGCAUCAUUCCGCCAACUAGCUGAAGACCUAUCAGGUUCUGGCUGGGGACGCUGGUUUCUUGUGGCUGCACUUCAGCAGCCGGACAAGGUUAUGGCUGGCAGCGUGCCUGAUCAUUUUGGUGUCUUGCCGCGGAAGAGUGCAGCAGUUCAGCUUGAACUUGCUGGAGGAGAAGAGCUAGGGCAUAUCUCCCAUAUAGCUGCAGCAAAUUCCAAAGCAGCUGAAACUCCGGCAGAGAUCUUCAUUGCAGCCAGAAUUGGGGAGAGCAAGUCCGAAAGCAUCACCAGAUACAAGUAUGUCAUUGAGGAAGGAAAAGUUGUGCUGUCUGCCGCAGUAGCAGUAUGGCCAGCUGAGGGUGCACAGAGGCAUGCGACAUGCCUGGCCACUUAUGGUGGCCACUUGUUUGUUGCGGAUGAUGAGGGUCGCAUUUCCCAACUUAGUGCGCAUGCCAUGGAUGCUGGAGCCAGGAUCGAUGGCGUCCAGCUCCAAGAAAUGCAGAUGCGCACUGACAGCGUGGGAAACACCGCCAGGGUGUCAAUAACUGGACUGGCUGUGUCAGAAGAUGGCGAGAAGGUGUAUUGGUCCACUCCUUUCCAAAUUUCUUCUUCGCCCUCCAGUGGUGGCACAGUUACGGAAGUGCUCAGUGAGGAACAGUUGCAGAGGCUAGCAGGGGACCAGGCUCGGGUCUUGACCCUGGCUUUGGCUGCGCAGCUUUUCUUUGUAGUACACAAAGGUGGAACUAUCCAAGCCUGCUACCUUUACCGCAUGCAUUUGGACGGUGAGACGGUGGCACUUGAUUUCCAUUGGCCAGUGAGCAAGAUGCUGCUGAGCGUAUCUAACGACGGGCGUGGCUCCACACUCUUUGCAGCUACACCUCGGGACAUCUAUGCAAUACCUUCGGAGUUUUCAACCAGUGCCACUCCUGAGUUCGUGUUCGACUCCAAAUCGGAACAUCACAUCCCGCAGUUGGUGAGUCUUGAUAGCUUUUAUGUCAGAGGAACCGAUUGCAUACUUGGAAAUUGGACGAAAGUGGGCCAAUGCUCCAGGACUUGUGGUGGUGGAAGGCAGAGGCUUGAGCGACCUGUUCUGACAAAGGCGGCUGAAGGUGGUCGCCCUUGCCCAGCACUUCGCGAGAAAGAAGAGGACUGCUUCGACCAGCCAUGCCCAGAGGAAGCCACCGAUUGCCUCAUUGGCGAAUUGGCACGCAUUGGAAGGCAAACAAGUAUGGUCUAA